CUUUAUUCAUUGCCAUUGCACUUCUAGCUAGAGCAGAGGAACUUUCGGAACUGGUGUUUGUGGAUUUGUACUCGAAGAACAAUGGAUCAUAUUUGUAUCGCUUCGCUCUCAAGAUAGAUCCUUACAUUCUAUGGAUAAUUAUUAGAGGAUUCACACUGACUGGGACUUUAACAGUUUGAUUAAUAUCUAUUUGCCGUUUGUGGAAAAACGAAUUUCGCGUCUCGUCUUGAAGGACAACUUUCUAAAAGAUUGAACCCUUCUCGGCGGUGCCACGAUGGUGCUGCUACCCCGGGGUUCGGCGGUAGGCGGCCUUGGUAGAACUGCUAGAAGUAGUAUGCUGCGUCUGAAUUGUGUUCUUGUUGGUGUUUUCUGUAUCUUUUUAUCAAUUGCCACCUAUACAUCCAAUGCUCAACGAUUAUAUGGACAUACCACGACAGGACUUGUGAACGCAAGAUAUGUGUCUGCCACUUCAGUCAGAGGACCUCAUGUUUGUAGAUCAGCCUCGACGGGUGGACCUACGUGCUGCCCUGGAUGGACUAUCAACGAAGGCAGUAGACAGUGUAUCAAACCUACAUGCAGGGGAUCGUGUGAAGGAGGGGGUACAUGUACCGCCCCUAACAGGUGCACGAGGUGUCAAAGUUCAUCUAUGGGAUACCAGUGUCAAAGUGGACACCCUAUGGUCGCCGGUGUCAGCUACAGAGGGCAAUCCUACACAGGCAACUGGCAGCUGAUAAGACGGACAACGAUCAGCGCACCUCGCUACGUCUCCGGCUACCAAACACCCCGGCAGAACAGUGGCGGUCAGAACCCCAUCAAUACAGGUACCCGGACGGUCGUCCACACCACGAGACAGAUCCCCUCCAGGACGGCUAUCCAUUCCACCGGUCAAGUAAUCAGGCAGAACAUCGGCAGAGGACAGGUCCAGGUCCAAAGCUCCGCCCUGAACAGCCCCAGGACGGGCGUGGUCUCCUACCAGCAGGUGCUCUCCAGGCAGAACCCUGCCUCGUCCACCGGCUAUAGUUGUAGCUCCAGGGGGUGUCACUACCGGUGUCAGGUUGGAAGUAAUGGUCAGGUGCAGUGUAUCUGUCCACCAGGAUACAUGCUGGGAUCGGAUCAGAGGAGCUGUGCAGAUAUUGAUGAGUGUGGUCGAUAUCCAGGUCUCUGUCAGCAGGGAUGUCAGAACACCCUGGGAGGAUACCGGUGUAGCUGCUCAAGUGGGAUGCUGACUGCUAACAGGAGGACAUGCGCUGGAGGAUGCCAGAGUUGCAAUUCUGACCCAAGACCGAACCCACAACCACAACCAAACCCAAGACCAUACCCCUUUCCCAACACCAACCCCAACCCCAAUCCCAAUCCCAAUCCCAAUCCCAAUCCUAAUCCUAAUCCUAAUCCUAGCCAAGGAUCUUGUCCACCAGGCUUCAUUCCAAGGAGAACAGCAGAUGGGAUCCAGUGCAUUGAUGUGAACGAAUGUCAGAACUCUCAAUGUGACCAGCAGUGUGUGAACACAGAAGGGGGUUACAGCUGCGAAUGUGGAAGCGGGUUUACUCUAUCAGCGGACAAACAAAGAUGCAUAGAUAUCGACGAGUGUAGACAGAGCCAAUGGCAGCCGUGUCAUCAUAGCUGUGAGAACACAGCCGGCAGCUACAGGUGUUCAUGCAGACAAGGAUUCAGACUCCAUAUGAACGGAAGAUCUUGUAUCGAUAUUGAUGAGUGCAGGCAGAGUGGAGGACCCAGUGUUUGCCAUCACAGGUGUCUUAACACCCAUGGCAGUUACACCUGUCAGUGUAGACAAGGGUUCGAGCUCCAGGAAGAUGGCAUGACUUGUGGAGAUAUCGAUGAGUGUGCCAGUCAACCCCAUGGGUGCACAGGAAAGUGUAUUAACACCAUUGGCUCCUAUCACUGUAACUGUGCUAAGGGGUACUCCAGUAUUGCUGGAAGAUGCGUUGAUUUGAACGAAUGCAGAACAGCUAAUGGUGGAUGCCAGCACCUGUGUAUGAACACAGAAGGAAGCUACUUCUGUACUUGCAGGACAGGGUACUCACUCAGAUCAGACACUAGGACAUGCUCAAGUAUGAAUGCUUGCGAGAGGUAUGGUGCUGUUUGUGAGUUUGGUUGUGACGAGGUAGCAGGCUCUUACAGAUGCCGCUGUCCUGAGGGAUUCGAGAUUCACAGCAAUGGACAGAACUGUAUUGACAUUAAUGAAUGCUCCCUUGAGAGGGGUCUGUGCCACUACCAGUGCAUCAAUACCAAGGGAUCCUACCGGUGUCUAUGUCCCCCUGGAUAUGAUCUUGGUCUUGAUGGAAGGAUGUGUGCUGAUGUAAAUGAAUGUCUCCAGGACCAUGGAUGUCAGUUUGGAUGUGAGAACACGGCUGGUAGCUUCAGAUGCACCUGUCCACCAGGUUAUGAGGGACUGGGAUACGCUGACUGCCAGGCACCCAGGGAAUGUACAGACGGAGUGUGUUCACACAAUUGCAUCAACACACCUGAUGGUUUUAGAUGUCAAUGUCCUUCGGGCAUGAGAUUACAUAACAAUGGAAGGCAUUGUGAAGAUGUUGAUGAGUGUGCCAUGCCCGUCCAGGGAGGCUGCCAGCACAACUGUCGUAACACCCUUGGUAGCUACGCAUGCUCCUGUCAGGAUGGGUACCUCCUCCAUGUAGACCAGAGGCAAUGCACCCCAGGGCCCGACUGCACCACCUGUGAUAACUGCCCCAGGGGCGAGAGACUCAACCAUGAGUCCGGCCAGUGUCAAGAUCUGAAUGAGUGUAACGUGGCCAACGCAGGUACCACCAUGCCCUGCCGUGACCCCCGCUGCCCUGCCGGACCAGAACCAAAGUGUAGCCACGCCUGUGUCAAUACCCCAGGGGGGUACUACUGCACCUGUCCACCAGGCUACACCCUUAGUCCAGACGGACAUACCUGUUUUGAAGGUAGGAUUGGGGCUGCGCCUCUUGCUUGCUUGCAUGCUUGCUGCAGCACUGGACCAGCAUUACAUCUUUUGUCUUGUCUGAACACAUCAUGUCCAGUACCCAGAAACCCAAUGUGUAGUCCAGCUUGUAUGAACGGGGGUACCUGCCGCUAUGCACCACAUUGCUCCGGCAUGCCAGCUUGUCCCACAGCAUGUGCCUGUCUAUGGGGCUUCUUUGGCCCUUCUUGUGAAUAUGGAGAAAACCCACAAGUUUGCCAGCCACCCUGUCUUAAUGGAGGCUCUUGCGUAGAGGGUAGGUGUAAUUGUCAACCAGGCCUUACUGGAAGGACGUGUGCCACUGAUAUCAAUGAGUGUCUGCAAGCAGACUUGUGUCAGUACCAGUGCAGAAACACCUUUGGUAGCUUUGCCUGUAUCUGCCCACCUGGUUCUGUACUCAAUGCUGAUGGUGUCACCUGCAGUAGUGUUGGCUGCUUCCCAGAGUGCAUGAAUGGUGGUGUGUGUAACAACAGUAGGUGUAUCUGUCCAAGAGGAUUCACAGGAGCAACUUGCUUCCAAGAUGUUGAUGAAUGUGCCAACCAGAAGGGAGGUUGUGAGCAUAUCUGUAGAAAUAUGCUAGGUAGCUAUGUCUGCUUCUGUCCUCUUGGAUCAACUCUCAACCCCGAUGGACAUUCAUGCUCAGGAGGACAGUGCUUUCCACCAUGUCAGAACAAUGGUACAUGUAUCAACAGACGAUGUGUGUGUCCACCGGGCUUCCAGGGAUCCACCUGCCAAUAUGAUGUGAAUGAAUGCAUAGUGACUGACAUGAGUCCUUGCAGUGUUCAGUGUGUCAAUACCUUUGGUAGCUACCAUUGCACAUGCCCAGCAGGAUAUCAGCUAGGUGCAGAUGGAAGAUCAUGUACGCUUCCGUGUGGAAGAGAUUGUGUGAACGGGGGCACCUGCAACAGAGGGGUGUGUGAAUGCGCCCCGGGCUUCUCUGGAACAGACUGUAGCAGUGAUAUUAACGAGUGUGCAACAGGUUUGAAUCGGUGUCCAGAUGCCUGUCAGAACACCUAUGGAAGCUACCGAUGCUCCUGCCCAGUCGGGUUUCAGAUCUCCACCGACGGAACAGGAUGUAUUGAUGUGGACGAGUGUCAAACUCAAGGAUUAGGGUGCUCACACCGAUGCACCAACCUCCCCGGUAGCUAUGCCUGUACCUGCCCCAUCGGCCAGCAGCUUGGACCUGAUAGAUUCACGUGCCGCGACGUACCAUGCAUCCCACCAUGUGUGAACGGAGGGCAGUGCGUGAGAGGGGCUUGUCAGUGCCCUAUCGGCUUCAUUGGGGAAGAUUGUAGCCAGGAGAGACCAUGUGAUGAUGUUUGCCGGAAUGGAGGAUUCUGUUACCAAGGGGCGUGUCAGUGUGGUGCAGGCUUCACUGGGGAGUUCUGUCAAACAAGAGUAUGCCAGCCAGCGUGUAUCAAUGGAGGGGUGUGCAGUGAAGGGGUGUGCCGGUGCCCCUCAGGGUUUAGUGGACUCUACUGCCAAGAGAGAGUGUGUGAUCCACCCUGUAUGCAUGAUGGUACCUGUGUUGGGGGUGUGUGCAUCUGUCGACCAGGCUUUACUGGAAAAGUCUGCCAGGAUCUUGAUUGCAUCCGACCCUGCCUUAAUGGAGGAACAUGUAACUUUGGAGCAUGUGUAUGUCCCACUGGUUAUGAGGGAGUGGCAUGUGAAUUAGAAACUUGCAACCCCCCUUGCUUGAAUGGAGGAACCUGUUUCCAAGGCAACUGUGUUUGUCCACUGCACUACUCUGGACUUCAGUGUGAAAGCAGAGAGUGUUGGCCCCUUUGUCAAAAUGGAGGAGUCUGCCUGGAUGGGUUAUGUGAAUGCCCCUAUGGGUAUCUUGGACAGUAUUGCAAUAUCAGACUGGCUGGGUGUGAACAGAGACCUUGUCAGAAUGGAGGUACAUGUGUGAAUGGAACCUGUAUAUGCCAUGCAUCUUACUCUGGACCUUUCUGUAGCAUCGUUGCCAUCACUCCUUGUGAUCCACCGUGUUUCAAUGGAGGUCUUUGCAUCAACGGUGUCUGUGAGUGUGAGGAAGGCUCUACUGGACAGUUCUGCCAGCAUACUGCAAGCCUUGAGGGAUUCAACAUCCACAUCUACCCGAACCCUAACAACGACCACAUGGUGGGGAAGACGGUGGGCUUCAUCUGUGAGACCAACUACACUAGCACCUUGGAGAACCCACAGUGGUAUGACCAGACUGAUGCACCUAUAUUCAGCAAGACAGAAGCUCCUGGCAGUCGAAUCUACUAUGAGCCCAUCGCUCAGAAUGCCUCCUACCUCAUUGUCAGAGAUCUCAACGCAAACGAUAGAGGGCGCUAUGUAUGUGCAGCUGGACUAACAAUACGUGUUGCCAUGACUCUAGUGGUCUAUGUUCCUCAGUGCCAAGAACCUUGUCUGAAUGGAGGAUCUUGCUUCAACGACAUGUGCAUGUGUCGCAUGGGAUUUGAAGGGCCGCGCUGUGAAAUAGAAAUGGAUCGUUGCCCAGCCUGCGCCAAUGGUGGGUUCUGUAUAAACUUCAAAUGCAUCUGCCAAUACGGCUUUGUCGGAACCAUGUGCCAAAUAGCAGUGGGUGAGGAAUACUACGUCAGACUGACAAUUCCCUCAGACCAGUCACCUACCGUUGGAGGGAUGGUGACGGUGAUAUGUGAAGUGGUCGGGUGGUCUCCAUCGGCUGGUCUUCCAGAGAUAACGUGGGUCCUACCAGGGGGACAAACCGUCUUCAACAGACAAGUUGUAAAUGUAGGAUCAAUGGCUCAGCGAGGCCCAGCGGUCGAGGUACUCUCACGCACUGCUUCCAGACUUACAGUGGUUAACUUCCAGCCGGGACUCUCAGGCAAUUACAACUGCAGUGUAGGGGGACAGGUUGCUUCCAUACUUCUCACUCUUGAGUGUUGGCCAGAGUGCCUGAAUGGAGGGACAUGCUUCAACGGAAAGUGCUUGUGUCCUGAGAGCUUCAGAGGAGAGAGGUGUGAGGUGCCAAUCGGUAGAUUCAGUCAAUGCCUGAUACCUUGUGCUAGUGGUGGUACCUGUGUCCUAGGUCAGUGCGUAUGCCCUGAAGGUUAUCAUGGUGACUACUGUGAGAUGGGAGAGCCGGAGAUGAGCUGCCUACAGGACUGUUUGAAUGGAGGAAGCUGUGUGAAUGGACUCUGUGUCUGCCCUGAUGGCUAUGUUGGUUUUGCUUGUGAGAUACCAGUCUGUUUCCCAUCCUGCCUAAAUGAAGGCGUUUGCUACCAGGGACGUUGCGUAUGUCAGCAAGGAUUUGAAGGAAUAAGGUGUGAAUUUGAAACAUGCUUCACGCCCUGCAGCAAUGGAGGUACUUGUGUGAACAGGAUCUGUGAAUGCGCUCAAGGCUUUGGCGGACCUUCUUGUGAAGUAUCAUUAAUCAUCAUUCCUGGUCAGACAGUCAUUGAGAGGGACACUACAGUCUCAUUCACCUGUAUCUAUGAUGCCAAUCCAUCAGCUUCACCUAUCUGGUAUGGUCCUGAUGGGACCGUCGUACCUGUGGUGUCAGCAGUACGUGGUGACCUAGGGUCAGGUUACUCUGUGUUUGUGGAGGAACUCUUCAACCAAGGUGUGAGGCUUACUAUCCUGGACAUGGAGCCAAGCUCCCAAGGAAUCUAUACUUGUGGGUUCGGAGGAAUCUUCAACCAAGUCAAUAUCACCCUUAACAUCACAAAUGGAGUGUCAACCAUUGCACCUCUGACAGGUGCCACCACGCCCCUCUUACUCAUCACAACAGCCCCACCUACAGUAUCCCCGCCCCCACCGACGCCCAAUCUGAGCUCCUGUACUCUGAUCCAGUCUGAUAUCUGCGGUAUUCUGCCGUAUCGAUACGCCUCAUUUCCUAACGCCUUUGCCCGGGAUGCAGAGAUAGCACAUCUUAUUACCUCCUCACUAACUCUGUAUUAUGAUGAAUGCUCGGCUAACGCCACCUUUGCCCUGUGCUACCUGUUCUACCAACCAUGCGAUGCUGCCAAUGUCAUGUGCUCAGAUGUAUGUGAGAUCGCUCAGAACCACUGUCAGCCGUUUGUCAGUCGAAUGUUGACGGUCUACGGCAUGGGAGUGACAAGGAACAUGUUGGAGCUCUGUGCUAGCUUGCCUAACACAGACUGUAUAAGACCUGAGCAACGGCUCCCACCAUCAAGCUCUGGAUGUCCGGGUGAGUGCCUGAAUGGUGGGCAGUGUCUGGAUGGCAACUGCUUGUGUCCUCCUGAGUUUACUGGAGAAUUAUGUGAAACAGAAAGUAAUGUGGACCCGGUGUUUGAGAUCAUCAUUACCCCUGACUACGAAGGCAUCGUCUAUGAUGGUGUGAAUAUAUCUAUCAUGUGUGAGGUUAUAGCUUCAAACCUCCUCAACUAUCCUGUCUGGACUGGUCCUAAUGGACAGCAGGUCUUACCACAGCAACCCGGUGUUUCUGAUCGGAUAUAUGUUGAUCAAGUCUCAUCUAACACCAUGCGUCUUGUCAUCAAUAAUGUCCAGGCCACCGAUGAAGGCAGCUACUUCUGUAAUGUUGGCUUGCAAUCAGCCCCUUACACUCUCUACAUUACUGUACCUGAUUGUUUACUGGAACCCUGUCUUAAUGGAGGCCUCUGUGAGGGAGGACAGUGUCAGUGUCCUAUUGGAUUUAGGGGACCAAGAUGCGAAGAACCAGUGGUAGUUGAAUACAACAUCACGACCCUACCAAGACCUUCUGGUGAGAUACCCAUCGGCAGUGAUGUCAGCUUUCUCUGUCAGGUUCAAGGUGGUCAUACCACUCCCGUGUGGCUUCAUCCUGAGGGCUAUUCCAUCCAACAAAGAAAUGCCCUUUCGAGGACAUUCACUGAGGCAACGAGUGAUAACACGGUUCGUCUAGUCUUCACUGACAUCAGACCAGAGGAUUCCGGAGUCUAUCUCUGUCUCCUAGAUACCAGCUUCCAGGAGAUUAACAUCACCGUCGCAUCUGGUCCGAGGUUCAAUGUGAUUAUCACUUCAAAUUUCACCACACCACCAAGCCCAGGAUCAGACCUUACAUUCAUCUGUGAAAUGUCUCAACCAGACACAUCCGCAUUCCCUAUUUGGUAUUACCCUGACGGCAGCCCUAUUCGAACUAGAACCGGAACAGGAACAAGUCGUGUCUACUCUGAGAACAUCUCUUUGUCUGCUACCAGAUUGAUCAUCUUAGAUGCCACCGAGGCGGAUGAAGGAAUAUACACCUGCAGAGCCAGACCUCUCUCUGCUACACUUGAGGUCACAUUAAUUGUUCCGAGCUGUGAUCCUGCUUGUUUGAAUGGAGGAAGCUGUAUUGGAGGCACAUGUCUUUGUCCUUAUGGCUAUGAAGGAGACGUCUGUGAAAUUGGAAUUAUCCAAGAGAUCUGCUUUCUUCCAUUCUGUCUAAAUGGUGGAACAUGUGACCAAGCUACAUGCUAUUGCUUACCAGGAUUCACCGGUAACCUCUGUGAAAGUAGAAUUGCUGCGGAGUACAAUGUAACAAUCACCACAGAUUUUGAGCGAAGGCCACUGGUAGGCGAUGAGAUCACCAUUAUGUGUAAAGUCCUUUCUGACAGAUUGUCCUAUCCGCAACCAGCUUGGAUUGGACCUGAUGGAAACGUCGUUCCUUCACUAGCCACAGGUGCAUCUAGCCAUGUCUUCACCGAGUUCGUUGGACCAAGUACAACAGCUCUACAUAUCAGAGGUAUCCAAGCCUCAGAUGAAGGACUCUACACAUGUGAGGUGGACAUGACCAUACAGACUAUCACUAUCACCAUACAAUAUUACGAAUGUAUACCGGCCUGUCUUAAUGGAGGAACCUGUGUGGAAGGUAUAUGCAUAUGUCCUGAUGAAUAUAUUGGAGCCAUCUGCCUGGAAGAAGUCCCUCAGCCAUGCAACCUCCCUUGUCAGAAUAAUGGACAUUGCUACGGUGGACGUUGCCAUUGCGCAACAUAUUUCAUCGGAGAGUACUGCCAAACGAGAGUUGGGAAUAACUUUGAGAUCACUGUCAACACCGUGACCUUUGACCCUCCGAGCGUGGGUGACAACAUGAGGCUCUCAUGUACCUACAUUGGUGAAUCAGGAAACCUGCAACCGACCUGGGUCAAUCCCGGCGGAGAACUCAUCAGCAGGAUGGAUCAAGGUGGCAGCAGACAUCUGAGUGUUGAGGAGGAAUCCUCCAUGACCACUACACUGGUUAUCAAUAACAUCGUAGAGACAGACUCUGGUAUCUACACCUGCACAGUGGGAGAGUAUGAUAAUGAGUUUGACAUCACAAUCCAGGAGGCCCAGUGUGUCCCACGGUGUCAAAACAAUGGUCUCUGCAGCAUGGGUAUGUGUAUGUGCCCUGAGGGAUAUGGAGGAAUUGCUUGUGAAUUUCAGAUAACUGAGUGCGAUUUCCCCUGUGCUAAUGGAGGCACCUGUAGUAAUGCUCGAUGCAUCUGUCCAUCAGGAUUUGAAGGUUCAUUCUGCCAAAACAGAAGAUUUGCAGAUGAAAAUUUCCGGAUCAACAUCACUCCUCAUGUACCCAGGUUACCCCCUGUUGGUACAGAUCUACAGCUAAUCUGUGAAGUAGACAACCCUCAAGGUUUCCAGAGACCUGUGUGGGUCAAACCCAAUGGAGAACGUGUUGUACAAGGUGAUGCAUCCCACAUCAAUGCUCGGGCGAUAUCACCCACGGCAACGCAGCUCAACAUCCACAUGGUGGAAAGAGGAGACUCUGGCAUCUAUACCUGUGUCAUUGGUUCCUACACGAACACCCUCACUGUGAUCUUCUACAAAAUGCCUUGUAUACCAGGAUGUCAAAAUGGAGGAACGUGUUCAGACGGCAGCAUCUGCCUGUGUGCCCCAGGAUAUACAGGCUACCAGUGUGAACACAGAGAGUGCAUGCCUGCUUGUAUUAAUGGAGGAAGCUGUGUUAACGGAGAUUGCGAGUGCAGUCCAGACUAUGAAGGCCAGUUUUGUGAGAAUCUACGGAAGCCUGUGACAAUCCGAUUCACACCAAGCAUCAACGAUCUACCUUUAGUCGGUGAUGACCUGACGGUUGUUUGUGAGAUUAUUGGUAUGACCGAUCUAGUUGAGCCACGCUGGAUGGACCAACUUGGAAACCCAGUGCGCUUGUUUGGUAUAGCUCCCAACCAGCGGGUCGGAGUUCAGUACUCAUCCCGUACAGCCACCACCCUCGUACUGAACAACCUCCAGGCCAGAGAUGCAGGCAUCUACACAUGCACUCUUGGAACUCUCACCAGCUACUUCACCAUCACCGUUGCAUCACAAGCGGACUGUUCUGUGAUCUGUCACAAUGGAGGAACCUGUGUGUCUAACCGAUGCAUCUGUCCAGAAUACUUCAAUGGUUUGCAGUGUGAACAGAGAGUUGGGCCCGACUAUGUCAUCACAGUCAGCCCUCCCGUUGACCAAGCACCUAUCCUUGGCAAUGAUAUCAGCUACGUGUGUCAGAUAGCUACUAGCAGCAACUACCCCCGCCCUGCCUGGACUUCCCCAGGGGGUGUUGCUGUGUUACCCAUUGGGCAAGGUGGUUCUGAACAUCUGAAUGUCCAGUAUGUCUCUGAUCGUGAGUCAAGGCUUCUCAUCCAGGACCUCACUCCCAAUGAUAACGGGAUCUACACCUGCUACAUUGGAACUCUCACCAACUCAGUAGUCAUCUCUGUUGAAAUUCCUGAUUGCCCUGGACCCUGUCAGAAUGGAGGAACUUGUGCAGGUGGAACUUGUCUAUGCCCUAAUGGAUUCACAGGGGUACUAUGUGACAGACCAGCUUACACCAUUCAGAUACGACAGGUCGGCCAGGCAAACACAGUGAUCGGAGGCAGUAUCAGGAUGUCAUGUGAGAUAGAGGGCGCAAGACCAACGUACCUUCAACCCAGAUGGACUGGGCCAAACAACCAGCCAGUCACCACAGACCCCAACUCCCGGGUGUUCAGCAUUGCCACCUCUUCACUGGCCAACCAGCUAGUGAUCUCUAACCUCCAGUCCGCAGACCAGGGCACCUUUACCUGCACAGUCGGACCUGUCAUCGCUACCUUCUCUAUUGUUGUCGAAGAAGCCCGUUGUCCAAUACCGUGUCAGAAUGGAGGCUCUUGUGUCAGGGGAUCCUGUGUAUGUCCUAAUGGGUACAGUGGUAUCGCCUGCGGAACCAGAGAUCCUUCAGAUGUUAGAAUCAAGAUCACGCCAAACCGCCAGGGUGUCUCUCACAUCGGGCAGGAUCUCGAGAUCCUGUGUGAGAUUCUCGGUACCAGCAUCUAUCAGAACCCCAUGUGGAAGGGACCCUCCGGACAACUGGUUCCUGGAGCCACGGCAGAACGGAACAACCUGAGAGUCCAGGAAGUCUAUGAGACGCCAUCGGCCACCAGACUGUACAUCAGUGGUCUGAGCCCUGCUGAUAAGGGACAGUAUAUCUGUAUGGUGGGACCAGUCAUGGCUAGGUUUACUCUGAUGGUGACAGCUCCGCAGUGCAACCCACAGUGUAUGAAUGGAGGAACUUGUAACAACGGACAGUGUAUUUGUCACCCUGGCUACACUGGUGCAAUAUGCCAAAAUCAAGGUGGCUUCUCUCUUAGUAUUCGUCAGGUUGGUAGCACCCCACCGGUCCAGGGAGCCAACCUACGAUUCUCCUGCCAGUCCUCUGGGGCAGGCAGGCUUCAGAACCCUGUAUGGAGGGAUCCACGGGGGCAGAGAAUCACACACCAGCAAGGAGGGUCAGAUCGAGUUUAUGUUGAGAUGAUAUCACCAUCUACCACGACUCUGGUCAUAAACAGCAUCUCAGCGGCUGAUGCAGGCAGCUAUGCUUGCAUCCUGGGAACAGUUACUACUACGCUUAACAUCCACAUCGAUGCUCGAGUGGUUCAAUGUAACCCACCCUGCCAGAAUGGAGCCACAUGCCGUGAGGGAACUUGUAUCUGCCACAGAGGAUACUCAGGACAAGCCUGUGAGAGAAUAGGUCAAGAAUGCAUCAGACCCUGUCAGAAUGGAGGAACCUGUCUAAAUGGAAUCUGUCAGUGUAUCCCAGGGUACUCUGGUAUUGACUGCAGAAAUGCAGAUAUCAGGAUUCUCCCUCCCCCAACUAGUACGCUGGUCGUUGGUCAGAAUACAACCUUUGUCUGUGAGAUUUCAGACCAGUUGGGCUACUUUAAUCCAACUUGGCUGGGUCCAGGAGGUACUCCUGUCAACGUCAGGUCUGGUAAUGGGAGGUACGUGGUUGAGAGGGUGUCUGACUAUGUUUCUCGUCUCCAUGUGGUAAGGGUUCAGCAGGUGGAUACAGGGGUGUACGUCUGCACUGUGGGUAUGCUCCGAGCGUCCUUCACUCUCACCAUAGAGGCUCCUGAAUGUCCUCUGCCAUGCUUGAAUGGAGGCACAUGUGUAGCAGGAGGUUGCCAAUGUCAUGCGGGUUACACCGGAAGACAAUGCCAGAAUAGUGGACCACCCUUCCAGGUGCGGAUCCACCCCCCUGACACCAACCAGUACUUGAUAGGUCAGGAUAUCACGUUCCUGUGUGAGGUGCCCCAGGGUAGCCCCUAUGGUAGGCCGCAAUGGAGAGGGCCUGACGGUGUACCCAUCGUAGCCAUCACACAGGGAGCUCCGAAUCAUCUGAGUUCCCAGGAAGUUGGAUCCUACCUGACCCGCCUUGUCAUCAGAAGCCUUCGGCUAGAUGAUGCAGGCUCCUACACGUGUUAUGUCGGACCACAUUCUACAACUUUCACCAUCACUCUUGAGAGUACUGGAGGUCGACCCUGCACGGCUCCUUGCUUGAAUGGAGGGACUUGUAUGGAUGGUAACUGUAUUUGUCCUCAAGAGUUUACUGGACCAUCAUGCGAGAGACAAGUCACACCAUAUGCAAUCCGCAUCAUCCCGCCCACCGACACAACGCCCUCUGUUGGUCAAACCAUCAGUUUUCUUUGUGAGCUUAGACAGGAUGGCCAGUACACAAGUCCCAUCUGGAGGCUACCUAGUGGUCUACCAGUCAGUCCAAGGGGAUUCAUUGGUAGUCAGCGGAUGUACACCCAGAGCUCCUCUCCCUACUCCACUACUUUGGUGAUCGAAGACAUCCAAGGGAGUGAUUCAGGGACAUACUCCUGCGCGGCUGGCCCUCUUACCACCUCAUUCACAAUCAGCAUUGCAGUUGAGCCAACAUGUUCCAGACCCUGUCAGAAUGGAGGAACCUGUGUGAAUGGAGCAUGUGUGUGCUUCCCUGACUAUACUGGAGAUCAAUGCCAACUAAGAACUGCACCUCUACCUGGUUCAUACCGCAUCACCAUCACCCCGUCCAUUCAGCAGAUUCCUCGCCUAGGUUCAAGCUUCAAUCUGGUCUGUCAGGUGUCUAGCAAUAGCCCCUUUUUGGACCCUGAGUGGCGAGGAGCUAAUGGCCAGCUCAUUCCAUCUGCAUCACUAGGUGCAGUAGGACGAUUGUACACGGUAAAGACAAGCGACAGUUCCUCCAUCCUCUAUAUCAACAGCGUGAUGGCCGCAGAUGCGGGAAGCUACUCCUGCAGUACAGGGCCACUCACUGCUACGGCUAACAUCACAAUUAGUGGUGGGGGCGGUACAGCCAUAGAGGAACGUUGCUUCCCCCCAUGCCGAAAUGGAGCAACCUGCUCUCAUGGUAGAUGUGUAUGUUUGCCUGGUUACAGCGGACAAGCUUGUGAACAAAGAGAAGCUAUCCAUGUCCUGCCGGACAUCCCGACCCCUGAGAGCGAGCCCAGGAUUGGAGAUCCUCUCAGACUCCUGUGUCAGGCACCUAUUGGGAGUACGUACGGUAACCCAACGUGGCUGGACUCUAACCUCCAAGCAGUACCAGGAAGAGUCAUAGGUAACGAGCGAGUGUAUGUGGACUAUCCAGCGCCAGGAGCAACCCGACUCAACUUUGAGGCUCUGAGUCUCCAGGAUGCAGGCAGCUACACUUGUCAAACAGGACCUCUCACGUCCAUCUAUGAAAUUGACAUUCAAGGUAAUGAUUGCGGAGGACUCUGUCUUAAUGGAGGAACCUGUAACUCUGGGAGAUGUCUCUGCCCUAAUGGAUAUAGAGGACCACAGUGCACAGUACAUGAUAUCAACGCCUAUGUGAUACGGGUCAUACCAGUGGACCAUACCAUUCCCGUUGUAGGGGAGCAGCUGAGAGUUGUUUGUGAGGUGUCCCCUGACAGCCCCUAUGGUGCUCCAAAAUGGAUCGAUCCGCAGGGUGAAGAGGUCAUGAGUUUCGCUCCAGGUCCUUUAGGCAAUGUGUACACAGAAACACCCACUUCACUUUCAAGAGAAAUGGUAUUCACCAGUCUAACCGAGUCAGAUGGAGGCGUCUAUUCAUGUGUAGCUGGCCCAUUGAUGUUCAACCAUACGGUCGUUGUACAUGGUCCAGGUAUGAUUGACAUUGAGCAACCUGAGAGCCCUGUGUACAACAUUGGUACCAAUGUGUCUUUCAACUGUCAGAUCGCUGAGAACAGUCUGUACAGGAAUCCUAUGUGGAUAAAUCCAAGAGGUGAUGCAGUCCAGCCGCUGGAUCAAGGAGGUGAUGCCCAUCUUCACACUGUACAGUCUUCAGAGUCAUCAUCAAUACUCAAUCUUGUUGGUGUGUCACCAGUGGAUGCAGGAACAUAUAAGUGUGUCGUUGGGGACUUCCAAUCGACCGUCAACGUCAUUGUCAACAUUGAGGAGUGUGAACCUCCAUGUCUUAACGGUGGAGAAUGCAUCGCCCAAGAAUGUCUAUGCCCAUACCCUUUCACUGGACCAAUGUGCGGACAGCUGGCCUCCAUGAGGAGAUGCCUGAGACCAUGCCUGAAUGGAGCCGAGUGUGUAGAUGGUGUGUGUAACUGCCUCUAUGGGUUCACUGGUCCACAAUGUAACAUGAUAGAUGAAGGUAUCGUACGUGUAAGGAUCCCUGAUCAGGAUAAUCCAAUCCUGGGUGCCGAUGUGAGCUACAUCUGUGAGGUACCUCAAGAUAAUCCUUAUGGAUCACCAAUCUGGAUUAACCCAGAAGGAGAGGUAAUCCAAACCAUGGGAUUAGGAGGUGAUUCCCACAUGAAGACGGAGCAGAUAUCUCCUUAUGCGACUCGCCUCUUCAUUAUGGACAUCCAGCUGGAGGACGAAGGGCGGUACAUCUGUGCUGUCGGACCCCUAAGAAGACUCUUCGAUAUCAUGGUGGAUGAGGUGGCAUGUAUCCCUCAGUGCCUGAAUGGAGGAACCUGUCUUAUGGGCAAGUGCUAUUGCCCUGAUAGCUUUACUGGACCAGCUUGUCUGCAGAGAAUCAUCAUAUGUGAUCCGCCAUGUUUGAAUGGUGGGAUGUGUCUAUCUGGAACCUGUAGCUGCACUGAAGGAUAUGGUGGAGAGGCUUGUGAAAUGCCAGGUGUGGAUCUUAGCAUUGAUGGACCAGAGAGUGUCAUUCUAAUGGCUGGUAAUGAUCUUCGUCUGAUUUGUCGUGUCAGUGAUGAUACCUACGGCAGUCCUAUGUGGUUGGAUGCGCAGGGAGACAAAGUUUCCGAAGGUACACUGGAUGAGGCCAUUGGCACAUAUCACCACACCCAUUUGAUGACUGAACUCAUUAUGUACAACGCACAAGCCUUUGACUCAGGAGAAUACACAUGUGCAGUGGGUCCAUUCCAAGAAACUACCAUGGUACUGGUAGCCGGAGAAGAACCUGACUGUCUUCCGGUGUGUCGGAACGGUGGGAAUUGUGUGAACGGGGUCUGUCAGUGCACCUCUGACUGGCUUGGUACAGAAUGCAAAGUACCUGCUAACGGUUACAUCUCAAUCACACUUGACCCCGAGCUUCAGUCGAUACCCGGGUCAGAGGUCAGAUACUUGUGCGAGGUCCAGGAGGGAGAUCAUUUUGUGCAGCGCCCUCAAUGGUUCCGUAAUGGACAACUCAUCCCUGCUCAAUUUGGAAAUGUGAGCAAUGUCUUUGUAAAUGUCUUGAACAACAUGAGUUCAGAGCUUGUGAUUAGAAACCUGAGAGAGACUGAUCUUGGCGUUUACUACUGCACUGGAGGGUCGGACGUGAAGUACAUCAAUGUUAACUAUGCCGAGAUAGAAUGCAACCCACCCUGUGUAAAUGGAGGAACCUGUAAUGAUGGAGAAUGCCAAUGUCCAGAAGGUUUCAAUGGACCUACAUGCUCCAGACAAGCUGAAGACUUCAUUGUGAUCAGUGUACCUCAAGGUCAAAUGUCAGAGGUCGGAGGUAAUGCAACAUUCUUGUGUGAGGUUCCUGAAAGCAGCUCCUAUGCCCCACCCCAAUGGCUAGAAUCAAGCGGUCAGCCAGUCUUGCCCUAUGGACAAGGAAACAAUAGCAGAGUCUUUACCAAGGAGAUCUCAUCCUAUGCCACUCAACUUAACUUUGAGUUUGCUGAAUCUGAGGAUUCUGGCGAGUAUGCUUGCAGUGUGGGGCCAUUCACAUAUGGUCAAAACGUCACAUUUGAAGAUCCUGAUUGCAACCCGGAAUGUCUACAUGGAGAAUGCAUUGAUGGGAGAUGUGAAUGCCCUGUAGGGUUAGUUGGUAUGCAGUGCAAUAUACCUGAUAAUACUUUCAUCUUGGUGAGUGAGCCUACUGGUCAGGUACCAGUGGUUGGUCAGAACCAAUCAUAUCUGUGUGAGGUGGCACGUGACAAUCCUUACGGCAAACCGGUCUGGAGGAACAGAGAGGGCGACGUCAUCAAUCCUAUCGGAGAAGGUGGAAUUGACCACAUGUACACCGAGAACCUGUCUCCAUUUGCAACUCGCCUUUUCAUCAACGAUCUCCGCCUGAUUGAUGCUGGGAUGUAUGUCUGCACUGUAGGACCAGUAGACCAACGAUUCACUAUCCUUGUCAAUCCCUUGUCAUGUGAGCAUCCUUGUCUGUAUGGAGGACGUUGUGUGGAGGGGGCUUGUGAAUGCUUACCAGGCUUCUUAGGAGAACGGUGUGAGACACCAAAUUUUGUGAUAUCGAUUGAUCAGACUCGCCCAGCCUUGCCCCAGACUGGUGAUAGUGUGAGCUUUGUAUGUGAAGUGGACCACACAGCACCUUACCAGAACCCAGUCUGGUAUGACCCACAAGGCAACAUCAUAGACCCAAGUGGUGAUUCUCACUACACGAUUGUAGCUCUGGACCGUAAGGCUACUCGUCUGGUGAUCAAUGAACUACUACCUACAGACUCUGGGCCAUACGUCUGCAAUGUGGGACCAGUCACUACAGAAUUUUCUGUUCAAGUUCAACCUGCACACUGCAGUCAACCUUGUAUUAAUGAAGGAACCUGUGUGAGGGGUGCGUGUGAAUGCCCAGACGAAUUCCAUGGAAGCUUCUGUCAAAUUGGAGUUAAGAGACCCUUCUCCAUUGAGAUCCAAGGACCUCCUAGAGAGAAACCAGAGAUUGGUGAUGAUCUGACCUUGAUCUGUAGAGUGUCUCAGGAGGGACAGGGAAUACCAACAUGGCUGGGACCUGACAACCAACCCAUCGCCGGAAUACAGACUGGUCAGCGAAUCUUCUCUGAUGUCCAGUCCAACACCGAGACAGCCUUGACCAUUGUAUCGGCAGAGUCUGGAGAUGCUGGACGUUACAGCUGUGUGGUCGGCAUGAACAGAGCUGAUUAUCUGCUAUCUGUAUCUGGACCUGAAUGUCUUGUUCCUUGUUCCAAUGGAGGAACGUGCGUGGAGGGGAGUUGCAGAUGUGCAGAGGGUUUCGAUGGUGGUUUCUGCCAAAAUAUCAAUGGUGAUGACUACCAGCUUCGAAUCCGAGUCCAGCGUAACCCACAGUUCCUGGUGGGAAUUAACACCAAGGUGCUGUGUGAGAUCCGAGGCAACACCAACGAGAUCAAUCCCCAGUGGUUCGGUCCUGAUGGAGAACUCAUCAGGGGUACUGGAAAAGGAGGGAACAAACACAUCAAUACCCGUACCGCCAGGAAGUCCAACCGUCUCAGCAUUAAUGAACUGCAGGUAGAAGACGCGGGAGAGUACACCUGUAGGGUUGGACCCAUAGAAUCUGCUUUUGUCAUCAUUCCAAGGAGUGGAGAGUGUGAGGAUAUCUGCACUAAUGGAGGAACAUGUGCUAACGGAGCCUGUCUAUGCCCCAUAGGAUUUGCAGGAAUGUCUUGUGAAAUACCAGUUGGUCCAGAAGGAAUCAGUGUGAACAUCACCAUCACCUCCUCCCUAAAUCGUGAUCCUGAUCUUGGUGAAGAGAUCACCUUCUUGUGCCAGGUCAGCCCUAAUCCUCUCUACACCAACCCCAGGUGGCAUGGACCUAACGAUGAGGUGUUCCCUGUCGUCAACACCUUAGAUCCAUUGCGGCCACCCAUCCAUGCUGUCCAGCUGACACCUUUGAUGACGCAGUUGACCCUCACCAGUGUGUCUGAAGAGAAUGCUGGAAUGUACGCCUGCACCGCUGGACCGCUGACCAGCCUGUAUCCUCUCAACAUACCCCCAUCGACAUGUGAGCAACCGUGUCAGAACAGAGGAAACUGUGUGCGAAGUCAAUGUGUGUGCAAGCAAGGCUUUGAGGGAGAAUUCUGUGAAAUAGAAGUGGAAGUUUUCUACAAUGUCACAAUAACGCCUGGCCAGGAUCUGACGCCCUCUAUUGGCGACAGUGUAAGUUUCCUGUGCGAAAGUGAAGGCCUGGAUGCUCCUCUCCCCAUCUGGUACGACCAGAAUGGUAAUCGCAUCUCACCAAGCAGGGCAGACAAUGAGUUUCAAAACUCCUUCAGCUCAUCAGAUGAAGCGUUAACGGAAACGAUAUCGUCGUCAGACGUAGAUUUGGCUGGUCAGUUAGUGCAGGUCGUCUCACCUACCCAAUCGAGACUGGUGCUCAAUGACAUCUCAGAAUCAGACUCGGGUAUCUACACAUGCGCUGCUGAACCGAAAAGGGAUACCAUUGUUGUCAACAUCUUCAUUCCUCGUUGCCUACCCGAGUGUGAGAAUGGAGGCUCUUGCGUGGAGGGAAUCUGUGGAUGCACCGAGGGUUUCACUGGAUCUCACUGCCAUUACUCAUAUGAGAGGGACUUCAGUGUGGAGUUUGACCCCAUUCAGGAGGAUCUCCCCACAGCAGGACAGAGCUACAGUGUGGCCUGUGAGCUAAAUGGACCAGUGGAGAUCAGCAGACCGAUGUGGAUUGGACCUCUGGGUCAAGAGAUAGCUCCAGUAGGACAUGGUGGAUCAGACAAUGUGCAUGUGGAGUUCCAAGGAGUGAAUGUCACCACUCUUCAUCUAGACAGUAUCACCAGUGAACAAGGUGGACUUUACAUCUGUACUGCAGGCCCUGUUGCUGGAGUUUUCAACCUGUCUCUUGCUUUACACUGCGCACCCCCAUGUAUGAAUGGAGGUGUCUGCCAGGGGGGUCGUUGCGAAUGCCCCGAGUCUCAUACAGGGGAGACAUGCAGUCAACCAGUACCUGGAUGUCAUAGUAAGCAGGCCUGCUACAAUGGAGGGACUUGCCUGGAACACAGAUGCUUCUGUAAACCAGACUUCACGGGAGAACUCUGUCAAUUCACUGUGAGUAUCGAUGCCAACCUGCGUAUUGAGCUUGAUCCAGACAAUGACUACACUGAGGGAGGGAAUGUUAGUUUCCUCUGUAUUACCAAUGGAUUGGAUGCUCCUCUCAAUCCAAGAUGGCGGAAAGGAGACUACCAGUAUAUCCAGUCUUCGGUCUUUGGAGAAGGAAGUCACAUUGUCACAUCCCGUAAGUCUGGUUUCAUCACCCAACUGAGGAUCAUGAACGUCAGUGUUCAGGACAGUGCUACAUACACCUGUAACGCAGGACCGUUGCAGCAGUCUAUCUCGCUCACCAUCUACAAUAACACCUAUCCUUGCAUCCCUCGUUGUGUCAAUGGAGGGCACUGUAUAGAAGGUAUCUGUAUUUGUCUUGAAGGCUACACCGGAGAAGCCUGUGAUGAGCUGGUUCCAGAAUGUCAACCCUUAUGUGAGAACGGUGGGGAGUGUGUAGAAGGGGAAUGCAGAUGUCCUAGGGGCUUCAAUGGAACAGCCUGUCGACACCAGAUUGUGGAACCCAUCUCCAUAGCCAUCCACCCUGAGGAGGGCCAAGUCUUCUAUACAGGAGAGAACAUUGCCUUCCUAUGCCUCACCCAAGGAACCUUCGCCCCAGAGAAUCCUCAAUGGAGAGACCCCAGUGGAAGGGUGGCUGGCAUCAGGCAAACCAGUGUGGACCGUAUUUUCACCUUUGCUGUCAACUCCACUGCCACCAGGCUUUACAUCAGACCCCUAGCUGAGGGAGAUGCUGGCUACUUCACUUGUGCAACUGGCCCUCUGAACAGCACUAUAUUCAUCAGUAUUGAAGAACGCCCUUGUCCUCUGAACUGUGCUAACGGAGGAACAUGUAGAGAUGGCAUCUGCUCCUGCCCCGAAGGCUACCAAGGAUCUUUCUGCCAGAUCGGAAUUGGGUUCCAGUCAUCUAUUGUCAUCAUCCCAAGUAUUGAAAAGAGUCCGAUGGUUGGUGAGGAUAUUGAGUUCUUGUGUAGGACCAGCGGAACCAAUGCUCCAAGGUAUCCAUUUUGGAGGAACCCUAAUGGCAAGGUCAUCUCAUCGAACCCCUCGAUUCGGGAUCACCGUGUUUACACCCAGCGUCUUUCAGACUACGAGACCAAAUUGAUCAUCCAUAACUUCACCAACGAUGACAUGGGCAUCUACCGCUGCAACGGAGGCCCUCUUACAACCACCUUCACCAUCGUCCUGGCAGAACGAUCAUGUGAUCCACCCUGUAUUAAUGGAGGAAUAUGUAACAAUGGAGUCUGUGACUGUGCUGAUGGAUUCAUUGGUGGACACUGUGAACUCACAGGAUGCUUCCCAAUGUGCAUCAAUGGAGGAGUCUGUCGGGAGGGGCUGUGUCUUUGCCCGGCGGGUUACGUUGGAGACCACUGCCAAGUCCUACUUCCAGUCAGCAUUAACAUCGUCCCCAGUCAGGAUUCGGAUCCACGCCUGGGGGGUACAAUCAGUUACCUCUGCUCUGUGAAUGAUACCAACUUGGUAGAACCACCAGUCUGGAGGGACCUUGCAGGGGUGGACAUCUCAUACGACCUUGGCCGUAUCCGUGUAGAGAAUCCAUCCCUAGGUGAAACACGCCUUAUCAUUUACAACCUCCAGGAAACAGACACAGGCACCUACACUUGUGCAGCCGGCCCUAUAGAGGGCAGUGUCUAUGUUGCCGUCCAACCCUUAUCAGAGUGUCUUCCGGAAUGCAUAAAUGGAGGCCAGUGCGCAGGAGGAUACUGCAUCUGUCAGCAAGGAUACCAGGGAGCAUUCUGUGAAAUAGAAGAUACGUGCGAGCCAGGCUGCCUGAACGGAGGGACGUGCGACCGAGGACUGUGUAUAUGUCCUGCUGGAAUCGGCGGUGUGUUCUGUCAGCUCAGACUAGAACGUCAAUGUCGUGUUCCCUGUCAGAACAAUGCUCGUUGUAUGAAUGGAAUUUGUUUAUGUCAGCCAGGGUUUGAUGGGCUUGCCUGUCAGUUCAGAAAGCGUGAUUGUCCAGAGCUGUGCCAGCAUGGAGGGACCUGUAUCAAUGGAACAUGCUACUGUUUGGCUGGAUACCUGGGAGAAUUCUGUGAGAUUAGACCUGUUGAAUGCAUCCCUAGCUGUAUCAAUGGAGGGUUCUGUAACAGUGGAGUGUGUAUCUGCCCAGAUGGCUACACAGGGCCGUCUUGCGAAGUAGCAGUUGGAUCCCAGCCCCAGAUCGUGGUCACCCCGUUCCAAGCCCAGGUCCUAGCCUUAGGAGAGGACACAACCAUAUCAUGUAACGUGAGAAGCAGGGAUGUGGAUGAAUCACCUCGGUGGUUCACCCCCAACGGCACUCUCAUUAAUACUCUUGAAAAUGGGGGUACUGCUCACAAGCAUGUCAGGGUGAUUGACGAUCAGAACAUCGAGCUGGUGAUCAACGACUUCCAAGUACAGGACGUUGGAAAUUAUUCUUGUACAGCCGGGCCGCUGUCCAGAACCAUUGCCUUGAUGAUACUCCCUAUAUUGUGUAACUUCCCCUGCCUCAAUGGUGGGCACUGCCAGAAUGGAGUGUGCGUGUGUGCUGAAGAUUUCUAUGGCGAAUUCUGUGAACUAUCAAAUUUCACUGAUACAUACAUACCUUGUGAACCUGCAUGUGAGAAUGGAGCCACGUGUGUCCAAGGACUGUGUCUCUGUCCUCUGGGAUACAGAGGAGAUACGUGUUCAGAAGAGAUGACCUGUGACCCCAUGUGUGAGAACAACGCUGUCUGUGUACUUGGGUAUUGCCGCUGUCCAGUUGGCUUCACUGGUAAUACCUGCAAUGAAGAUAUCAACGAGUGUGAAAUCAACCCUACUAUCUGCAAACAUGAGUGCUUCAACACCAUAGGAAGUUUCUACUGUUCUUGUGCUCCUGGUUAUCGGCUCAGGCCAGACAGGAGAUGUGUUGACAUUGAUGAAUGUGAAGGUGAACACGACUGUGAGCAGCGUUGUCUGAACACCAUAGGGUCGUACCUGUGUGCUUGUUUUGAGGGAUUCAUCUUAGAGGCUGAUGGCAACACUUGUGUUGGACCCUCAGGUUGUGUGUAUGAGAACCAUCUGUAUCCAUCGGGCACCACAUGGACGGUGGAUGGGUGCACAGAAUGCUCCUGUGAUCUGGGUGUCACCACCUGCACCGACUGCCCAACACCGAAAUUCCAGCAGUGCACGUAUCAGGGGAUCGAGUAUGUCCAUUCUACCAACUGGACAUCGCCGUUUGACCCCUGUGACCACUGCAACUGUACCGAUGGUCAAGUGAAAUGCAUGAGAGAAAUGUGUGACAUACAGUGCGACUACCCUGCACCUCACCAAACAGAAUGCUGCCAUGAAUGCACAGAUUGUCUCUAUGAAGGCAACAUUAUCAGGAAUCAUCUUUAUUUCUCUCCUAUGAAUCAACAAUGCACGACUUGUAUUUGCCAGGAUGGUAAUGUAAGAUGCAGUAAUGUAAGCUGUCCUGAGAUUGACUGUUCCCGACCUAUUCAGGGUGAAUGCUGUCUUACAUGUGAAGAUAAUUGUGAGUUCCAGGGUGCAGAAUACCAAGACGGUGAAACAUUUACAGCAGCGUCUUUGGACUGCAGCGUUUGUACAUGCAAAAAAGGUGUUGUGGAAUGCCGUCCAUUUGACUGUCCUCCUCUAAACUGCUCUCGUAAUGAGAGGGUUCAGCUCCCUGGUGAAUGCUGUCCGAAGUGUAUCAGUGCAGUUCCUGGCUGUGUGGAUAAGUAUGGUUUACUUCAUCAGUACGAGACAACGUGGAAUGACCCAAGAGAUACCUGCUUAACAUGCACAUGUUUGAAUACUGGUGAGGUACAGUGUGCUAGAGAGCAGUGCGAGUUUAACUGUAACAACCCAGUCCAUGUUAGAGGCCAGUGUUGUCCAGAUUGCAAUGGAUGUUACUACAAUGGUCUCGGUUUCUCCUAUGGAGCCACGUUCAAGUCUGCCUUUGAUAAGUGUGAUUCUUGUAUCUGUCUUGGCGGAGACGUCAUCUGUGAGCCAACCAGCUGCAACGUCCAGUGUAGCGCCCCCUAUCAUCCGCCAGGAGAAUGCUGCCCUCUAUGUGAAGAUUGUUAUUUCUUGGGUCAGAUCAUCCCCGAUAGUGAAUACUUCAAUCCAGCCCUUGAUUCAUGCAAGACAUGUCAUUGUGAUAAAGGAUCAGUACAGUGCACGGAGAGGGAGCAAUGUCCAAUGCUCAACUGUCCAGUGACUACCACGGUGGCUGGAGAAUGCUGCCCAUCUUGUGCCGAUGCUUUCUGCCGUAGUGAUGAUGGUAGUGAACAUAGGAGUGGGGAGUCUUGGAUUUCAUCAUCUGAUCCAUGUCAAGAGUGCACCUGUUUGGAUACCAUCAUCAACUGUGUGCCCAUACCAUGCCUUGAAACCUCUAACUGCACCCACGGAGUCCAGAUAGAGGGUGUGUGCUGUCCAGACUGCACUGUCUGUGAGUUUGAAGGCAAUCUCUAUAGGAAUGGGUCCAGCUUUAGCCCCAACGAUGACAACUGCAGAAGAUGUGAAUGCUUUAAUGGAAACGUGGUUUGCGAGGAAGAUAGCUGUCCUCCCAUCUACUGCAGUCAGACCCUGCAAGCGUUUGGGCAAUGCUGCCCUCAGUGUGCCGUCUGCACUGCUCAAGAUGGCACCAUCUACAGCCACGGUCAGACAUGGCAGGACGGAGAAGAUCCAUGUACAACAUGCAGAUGUAUCGACACCGAGAUAGAAUGCAACACACCUAUCUGUCCCAUAGGGGACUGUGUAGACCUGCAGUUUGAGUAUGGAGAAUGUUGUGCCUCGUGUCAAGGAUGUACAUAUGACAACACAAACUACACCAAUGGCCAAACAUUCAGUCCCGCUACCCAUGACUGUAUGGAGUGCGUCUGUCAGGAUGACCGUCUAAAUUGCCAGCCCAUUACUUGCCCGCUACCCAACUGCCCAGCAGAGUCUGUCGUCUUCAGGGAUGGGGCGUGUUGCCCUGACUGUGUCGAUUACGAGGUUUCAAGAAUGACCUGUCAGAUCGAUGACGUGAUCUUACAGAGUGGGUCAUCGCAUCAGCCUGAUGAGUGCUCUACGUGCCUAUGUAUGGCUGGUGAGUUAUUAUGCGAAGCUCAGGAGUGCAUGGACAUUGGCUGCCCACAGAUCAGGCAGGUCCGACCACCCGGCUCCUGCUGCCCCGUCUGUAAGAUCGAUGCCUGUGUGUUUGAUGGGAGACUGGUGUUGGACAAUGAGGUCUUUAUUCCCAUGGGGGAUGUCUGCACCAACUGCACCUGCGCUGAUGGUUCUGUGAGGUGUCAAUCCUUCUCUUGUCCAGAGCCAGACUGCCCUGUCGAUGAUCAGAUUCAAGGAGAGGGUGAAUGCUGUAAACAUUGUGCUGGCGCUCUCCAACUAAAUAACCUGCCAUGUACAUUCCAGGGUGAGGCCAUUCCAUCUGGGGGGAGUUUCAUGAUAGGAUGCCAGGAGUGCAUCUGUGAGGGGGGAAACCCUCGCUGUGCAAGACGCGAGUGCCCGGUCUUAAACUGUCUUGGGGGAGAUGAGGUACAGAUGGCACCCGAUGGAUGUUGUGAAGAGUGUGUGCCAAAAAUGGGAUCGUGCAUAGUCUUUGGAGAUCCUCACUACCGAACGUUUGAUAAGGUAUUCCAUGACUUCCAAGGAACUUGCACCUACACACUCAGUAAAGACUGCAGCACUAAUCAGUUUGAGAUCAUAGUACAGAACAAUGGGAAGGAAACAUAUGCUGUAUCCUGGACGGAGCUGGUAUCAUUCAAGGUUCAUAAUGUGACCAUCGACCUCUUACCAGACUUUGCUGUAAGACUGAACAAAGAAGAAAUCACUUUGCCGUACCUCAAUGAACCUGAAUUCAGUAUACAAAAAUUAGGUCUCAUGGUAGUGGUUCAUACAAACAUUGGUAUAUCUCUUUCGUGGGAUGGAUCUCAUUUUGCCGAGGUUGUAGCUGAUGGGAUAUGGGAAGGACUUCUCUGUGGAUUGUGUGGUGAUUACAAUGGUAACCCUGAUGAUGAAUUCAGGGCUUCUAAUGGAACACUGUGUGGCACUGCAUCUGAGUUUGGAAACACUUACUUGGUAGGCGAUUACGCUGAAUGUUCAUGUCAAGAGAGCGUAGAACAGACCCCUUGCGUCAGAAACGAUAACGCUGACAUGGAAUUCAUGGCUAGGGAAAAAUGCAGCAUACUCAAGGAAGAACCGUUUGCUGCUGCACAUGCAUUAGUCCCACCUCUGCCUUUCUUUGAGGCUUGUAUGUAUGAUCUGUGUGCCUGCCCUGCCCAGGAGCGCUGUCUCUGUGAUGUAUUAACAGCCUAUUCUCAUGAAGCCAGAAAGAAAGGUAUCAUGAUAGACUGGCAAAGAGACAACUAUUGUGCAAUUUCUUGUCCAGAAGGAGCCGUUUACAACGAGUGUACGCCAUCCUGCGUACAGACUUGCUCAACAGUGAACACAAUAGAAGAUUCUUUAGAAUGUAAUCAACUGGAGAACUGCAUACCAGGAUGUAAAUGCCCGGCAGGAAUGGUACUACACGAUUUCAGAUGUAUAAUGCCUGAAGACUGCCCUCUAUAGUCUGAAGAUGUACAUUCAAAGACUGUUUGAAAAAGAAGAUCAUGGGGCUCUCUUCAGUAUUUGAAUUGGAGUUCCCCUAAUUCACAUCUCAUUGUUAGUCCACGACCUUUUUUUCUUGUGGAUUGGGGAGGGGACAAAAUAUAAUAUGUUAGAACAUUCUUAAAGAAAUGAUUGAACUUUCACGAUCAGUAUUUGAUAUGGAGUCAUUUUUUUACUCAUUAUUUUGUUUGUGCACAACCUUCUUUCUCUUGGUCGAGAGGUAACUAGAAGUAAUAUUUUACAUGUCCAGUAAAAGAAUGCUAAAGAAAGAAAGAAAAUCAUGGAAAAAUAGCGUUUGAUAUGGAGUCAUUCUUUCUCCUCGAUGUUAGCCCAGAAAUUUAUCCACGGGGCAGGGGAGAGUAUUUAUGGAUAUAUGAGUUUGAAAGUCUGUCAUAUUCCAUAUAUUUCUGAUUUGGAAUGGAGGUUGAAGUUGCUAUACGCCAGUUUAUAGCAUCUUGAAGUAAUUUGCUUCUUUUGUGCAAAUGCUGGUCGGUGAAAUUAUUGAAGCACUGCUGGUAAACCUUUACUUAUCUGUAUUCAAGUUAUAAACAGUUGUUGUAUGUUUUUCAGGAGGUAAUUGCUUUAUCAGCCAUCUCCGCAGUCAGAACAAAUGCUUUGAUCUUACGUUUUCAUUAAGGCAGAACGUACAUGUAAUUGAACAAAUCUAAAUGGAAUUACCACACUUCAUAUGUCUUUACGCAACAUGGCCCGUGGCUACAUGAGAAAAUAAAGCUUUUAUUGUACAUGUACUUAAAAAAAUAUGUUCAUGUAUGCAUUUCUGUGAUAUUUUUUAUUCCUAGUAUAGGUUAGGAUUAUUUGUGAAUGGGUUUUUAUAUAAUUUAAUGAUAGCACUACCUCCGUUUAAAUAUAUUCAUGUAUUUUGUUAGUUUAAUGAUGAUUUUAUUUUUGAUGUGUUGUAUGCUUGUACAUGCACUGUUAAAAAGCUAGAGUUGUAGCUGCUGUUUAAAAUACAUGUACUGAUAAUUGUUUUGUCUCCUUUUUCUUAUGUAUUCCACAAUUUUAUUCUAUCAAGAAUAUUGGAUUACUUCUGUAAAGAUAUAUUGCAAGUUUGAACACCUAACUUCCACAUUUAAGAAUUCUAUAUUGAGUUCUAUGCAGACCUUUUGAAUAGGAUGCUUCCCCCUCUACGCUCAUUGUUGAUAAUUUGAGCAUCAUAGAGUUGGGGAUGAAUUUUACUUAUUCUAAAGAUACCCACAGUAUCUUUGUUAUUGCUUCUCUCUGGAAGAUCUUCCUCGUGACUGGUUUCUUAACUGGGAAAGUAGUUGACUCAAUCUAGUAAAUGGUAUUUGUAAAUUAUUUGCUCUGGGUAUAGUGUGAUUUAUUUAUUUUCCUCAUAUUUUUCAUUUACUGAAAACUUAUCAUUUUGAAGAUAAUUGAUGUUUAAUCUAUUACUUAAAAUCAGAAUGAUUUUUCUCAGAAAUUUUUAAAGUUUUUUAAAUUUUCGUUUCGUUUAGCUUUUCAAUGUAUAUAUAUAUAUAUCUUAAUGUCUUAUUUUUAACUGAAAUUAUUGUUUAGUAUGCUUUCAGAAUACUUUUAAUUUGGUGAAAGGAAGACACACUGAAAUGCCUGGCAGGUAAACCAAGAUCUCAUUAUUUUCUAACAUAUUUAUAAAUAUUGUUGAAAUUUGAUAGAUAUGCUGCUCUUAUGGUGCUAUUUCUCUGAUAUUGAGUAACCAAGAAGGUUAAAUAGUCAAGAUAACUUAUUGUAUUUUCUCAUUAAUUCUACUACUUUGCAGGGUACCUCUCAUUUUGUAUUUCAAAGAAAUGUUUCUUUGAAAGACAGUCAUGAAUUGAUGACAUUGUAACUGUAUAAUAUUGCUUAUUACUGUUGCUCAAAAUCUGAUAUUGUGUCAUGCUUUUAAUAGUCUGGUGCCGACUUUGGACUCUUAAAAAAGAAGAUUGUUGAUUUUAAAAUGGAAAUAAAUAUUAAUGAUUAUGUAUGAUACUAUGAA